AGAGGUACAGUAGCAUGUAAAUAGAGGGGUGAGGAGAGGAAAGAGGGGGGAGUCUCUCCAGUUUGAGAGGAGGGACGCCGGAGGAGCCGCCUCCGUUCUCCCUGAAGACACACAAGCGCACACGCACACACACACACACACAUGCAUACACACACACACACACACACACACACACACACACACACACGCGCGCACACGCACACACACAGUCGGUAGGAAAGGAAAGAGAAAGGAAAAAGCUGGGAGUGCAGCAGACUGAAGCAAGGAAGGAAGAGGUAUGGGGCUGAACUAACACACCCUCUUACACACAAACACACACACACACUCACACACACUCACACACACACACACAGUUUCAGCCAGGCGGUGUGAAGCGUUAGACGGAGAGAGAGCAAGGCAGCAGCAGCAGCAGCAGCAGCAGCAGCGUGAGGAGAAACCAGAGCCGCUGAAACACCCGACGUCUGCUGGAGCCGCCGGGGCUGCCUGACAGUCCUGGAUCAGGGUUUACAGGACAGCCGGAUCGUCUCCUGGUGGAAAAGUCUUCCAGUUUAUCUCCCAGAGCAUCUUUAUGGACUGAGACCUGCUCCUCCAGCCAGAUGUCAGGGUUCUGGAUCAAAGCAGGCAUCUGAAGGGCCUGCAGACAACAGGAUUACUCACAGUUUUAGGAUUUAUUCGUCACAAAGGGAGAAGUUUAGUUAUCUGGACUCUGCAGACCAUCUUCAGUCCAUUUAAGUAGAGUUAAAUGUUAAUGGAGUUAUUGCUGGAGACGACCAGACUGUAGGAUUACAAACAGUUUUAUCUUUUUUCUUGAAGGAUUUCAGGAGUUGUUGUAAAGUUAAAAUUAAAGUUAAUCCUGGUUUUGGAGUUUUGAUCGACACUUUGAAGGCAAACCAGACAACUAAAGGACCCACAAGCGGCAGCUUUACAAACCGUUUUUUGAUUUCUUUAAAUUAGUCGGAGUUGAUCCUGGUUGUGGAGCACCUGAUCAUCGAUUUAAGAUUCAUUCAAGACUUUCACGAUUUCUCUUUUUUACAGAAAGAGAAGUUCAGUUAUCCGGACUCCUGCUGCCAAUUCUUGGGUUUAUUUCAGAAGCUGUUGUAGAUUUAAAUCCUGGUUUUGGAGUUUUAAUCAUCACCUCAAGGAAAAGGAAGUGGUUUUCAAGGAAAAUCAGACUAAAAAUCACCUGAAGGACGCACACAGAGCAGGAUUACAAACAGUUUCACAAUUUCUUCUUCACAAAGGAAACGAAGUUACGUCGUCUGCACUUUGCAGACAACCUGCUAAACAAUCAUUAUUCUUAUUAUUCAUUCAUUCAUGAGCUGCUGAAGAGCUAAAGGUUUGACUUAAUCCUGGUUUUGGAGUUUUUGAUCAUCUCUUCAAAGGAAAACUAGACUACUGAGGAACCAUCCAAUAUUAUUUUGCAUUUUGGAUUUUAGGAUCUGAGAGACACAUUGCAACUCGUGGACUUUCUUCAGCCUGAAUGUGUUGAACGCAUCCCAUGAGCCUUCAGAACAGCUGAUGCUGAACCAUCUUCUAAGACUGCGAGGAGUUAACUGUAACUGCGGUGCUCUCCAGACUCUCGCGGGCCCCAUUUACGUUUCAGAGAAGCACGACGGCUCAAACAGCCGCCGCCGCGACUCAAGGACUUCGACAGGCUGCUGUAAAUGUGCAAGAAAAAGUGUGACGUUGAAGAGAUCUCUCUGUCAAACAUCAAGGAUGUCUUUUUCCAGGUUCAGGACUUUUGCUCAGAGAUCAGAGCAGUAAAAAAAACUUCUUCUGACACCAACAAACUAUUUUUCUCUUUUCUGACAUCAAGGGACAUUUUUCUUUGUUGGAGCUCAUUAAGAAACUCCUCUCCAAUAAUAUUUUCCAGCAUCACAGAGCUCUCUUCCUGAAGGAUGUUUUAGUUUUUGGAUUUUUCCAAUCUGAAGACCGUCUUCUGUUGGAUGGUUUGAAGUUUAUUCUCCGUAAAUGAUGUCAGGGACAUUUUCGUCUGAGCUCGACGGCGUGACGACCGCAGGAACUACAGACGCCACGAGGAGGUGACGUGAGGACGUCGCAGAGGAACCGACAGUCUGCUGCGAGUGUGUAAAUGUGUGUUAAUGUGCAUGAGAGUGUGUGUGUGUGUGUGUGGGACUCCUAGAGAAAAAAGUGUGUUAAUUUGCAUGCACGGUCGUGUGUGUGCAGCUGGUUGUGCAUUUGAGCGAGUGUGUGUGUGUGUGUGUGUCCAGAUGCCAAACUGCACUGCAGACGGGUCCAGACGCCCACAUCACACAGUGCGACGGCGACUCGGCUGCUUCUGAGUUAUUUCCUGUUGCUCAGCGCUCGUUGAGUCGCUGUGAGGAAAAUAAAUCAACCAGUCGGAUAACAAAAGACAAAAUCUCAACAUGAACAAACUCAAUUUCCAAGUAUUUCUCGCGGAGACGCUGCCGAGCCAAGCCGGAUUUCGGACCAGUCGACUCUGUCUGGAACGCGUUGCCCUGAUUGGAUGAUUACAGACUGCUCUCUUCUUCUGCUUUUCAGCACUUUUAUCCUGAACUAUUUGGGCUUUUCUGUUUUUCGGGGACACAGCGGGCAGUUUUCACUGAGACCAGACAAGUCUAGGAGCAACUGAGAAAAAGGCCUCGAUGAUGAUGGAGAUUUUUCAUGAUUGAACACGUAUUUUUGGAUCUUGCAUUACAGCAGUGAUUCCUAAUUUCCACCUUAACUGAUUGCAGAGCAUCAUGGGAGAUAUGAAGGCACAGCUGCCCAAUGUCUGGUUCCUAACUGGUGUCGCAAGAUAUGCUGACGAUAUAAUUCUUGUUUUUUUUUUAACACAAAAUGACUCUUCUAUAUUUUAAUCAAACAUCAGACUUGAUAGAUUAACAAAUAUUCAUGUAAAAAGCAAGUUUUAAACUAAUUAAUGAGCUCAAGUAUUUAUUCUCCUGUCUGUCCUACUUGCACGUUCUUUUAGGGGAUUAAUUAACUUUGUCAAACUACAAAUAACUUCUUAUUGAGGCUAUAAACAUUUUAUUGCUACACCACGCUUCAGAAUCUGGAGCGUCUGUUUUUAGUGAGACCACUUUCUCGUGAACCACUGCAACUAUUCAGAAGACCUUGGACACUGCUUGGCAGAGGAGGCUUUGGUGCAGACAGCGACCACCGCCAUGCUCCCUGGAGGACUGGUGUCGGGUGGAGGGGGUCGCGGCGGCGGGCUGUGCCUGCUCCGGUGGCUGGGCCUCAGGCUGUGGUCCCGGCGGGGGACCCUGGUGUUCGCUCUGCUCUGGUUCGGCUCCUGGUUGUUUCUCAACGGGCUGGUUCUGGUCCACAGGAGAAUCCUGUCUGACUACUGCACCGACGACAAGAGCAAGAGGAUCCUGCAGAGACUGUGUCUGGAGUUCGGCGAGGGCUCGGUGACGGGGGACAUGUGUGAGGAUCUGUGUGUGCUCGGCCUGGUCGAGUACAAGCGCUGCCUCUACUACGAGAACGGCAAGAAGGUGAUCGAGGCGCGCUGGAGAGGAAACCCCGUCAUCCUCAAGUCCAAACUGGAGAAUUUCUCCUCCUACGAGCCACUGGGAAUACUGGACUACCAGGACACAGCAGAGGAGCUCUCCCCUCUUGAUGUAGUUUUCUACGCCACUUUGGAAGUACGAAACUCUCUGGGGCUGGCUGAGGAGGACGAGGAUGAUGAAGGAGGAGGAGGAGGAGGAAAUAACAGCUCUCUGGCCAGACUUUGGGGGAAGAAGCUGAAAAACAGAGAUAAGAGUUACUCCAGAGCAGAGCUAGCCUCACUCUGGUCUCUGCUGCAGCAGGAGGAGUACACCUUUCUCAGAGUCCUGCAGGACCUCAGCACCCACGUGGCCAAGGUGUUGGGCUCCUGCGGUCAUUUCUACGCUGUGGAGUACCUGUCUGCCGGACACGCCUGGGACCAGAACAUCUUCUCCCUGGAGGAGGUGGCUGUUUCUGGACCCGGAGCCCGGGGCAGGUGGACCGCCAGAGAGAUGGUGCAUCGCAUCGCGCUGAGUUUUCUGGACAUGGUGUGGCACUUUGACAACGACUUCACCCACAAACUGCACCUAUGUGACAUCAAACCAGAGAACUUUGCCAUCAGGAAGGACCUGACGGUAGUCGCGAUCGACGUGGACAUGGCGUUCUUUGAGCCGAAGAUGAGGGACAUCCUGGACCAGAACUGCAGCAGCGACGACGACUGUAACUUCUUCGACUGUUCGUCCAGGUGUAACCUGAACAAACGCAGGUGCAGCCCCCGCCGCAGGAACAGCAACCUGCAGGUGAUUUGUGAGAAGAUCUUCAGGCCGUGGUUUUCUCCCACACUUCUUGGGGCCAAAGCAGGGCUUCCUCUGCAGGUGGAGCUGCAGCGAGCGGUGCAGGAGUGUUCAGAAACAGAAGGAGGUGUGGAGGAGAGAGAGGAGGAUGGAGGUGGAGGAGGAGAGACAGGUCAGGGCAAGGGCAUCCAUCAGCGUCUACUCAACAUCCUGACCCGCCUCCUCCAGGAGAGAGGGGCGUCAGGGGAAAGAGGGGGGGCCUGGCAGGAGAAAGGCCAUGUCCACACUGCACUGAACUUCUGAGGCGGUGAAGUGAAGACCGUCAGAGACCUACUGAGGGGGGAAUCUCAGAAACACACCAGUACACUUCCUACAGGAGGAAAACCUUCAAACGUUUCUCCCUGUUGAAAUGCUCAUCCUGGAAUCCAGUGACCCUCAUGGAGAAAACACGGACUUUCUUUUGCUGAUGGGAAAGAACUAGUGGCUAAUUUUUCAGGUCCAGAGCCGCAGUUUGAGCCACCAGGAUGAUGUUUCAAUCAGCUCCGAAAGGAUCAGAAUCCAGAUCCAACAGGACUGAGAUUCCUAAAAAAUAUGCACCAUUUCUGAAACAUAUUCAAGAUUAUAUCUGGUCAAACACGAACUAUAAAUAUAUACUAUCUGGCCAAAAGUAUGUGGACAACCCUGUCUAUGCGUACUUUUGGUCGGGGUCUGUUUUUCCUGGUUUGGGCCUCUUAGUUCCAAUGAAGGGAAAUCCAAAGCACCAAAAAUGGUUUUCCCAGUUUGGUGUGGAAGAACUUGACUGGUCUGCACAGAGUCCUGACCUCAGCCCCAUCCAACACCUUUGGGAUGAACUGGAACACCGACUGUGAGCCAGACCUGAUCACCAACAUCAGUGCUGGACCUCACUGAUGCUCUGGUGUCUGAAUGGGAGCAAAUCCCUGCAGCAGGUUCAACAUCUGGAGGAAAGACUGAACCCAGAAGAGUGGAGGCUGACAUAAUUUGGUGUACAUCUUUGGGACUUACACACGAUUAUGGCAAACUAGAUUCUGUAGCCCAUUUUCUGUUGAUUGUUGUCCAGGGUGUAUUUGGAUUCGAUGUCAAUGUGUUUUCCAGAUUUUUUCUAGAUAUAAGUUUUGUGAUUGGAGAGAAUCACUUUGGAUUCCAUCACAAUGAAUCUGGAAACAUCCAGACCAGGACCGGAGUACUGAGUGAGAGAGCUCAGCGAUGCCUCAAGUGUCUCCUCAUCAGAGGAAUAUAUUAUGGAUCCAGUGUACGUGGAUCCUCUCUCAUUUUUUCUUCUUUUUAUUAUCCAGUUAGUCUCAGUGAGAUUUUAAAAAACUCAGUCGUUUGAAAUACAUACAUGUAAAAUAACAAAGCUGCAGACAAGAUGUAACAAUGUAGUAAAUGUAUUAAUCACUAAUUAUAUCAAUUAAUAGGUAAAAAUGACUAGUGGCUUUCUUGGUCACUUUUUAGGCGUUCAACUUUGGGUGAAAUGUAGGUUUUUGAGCAGAUAACUAAUAUUUUUUGAUUGAAACUGCUACAGUUAACCAUUUUUUCACUCCAAACAGUUGCAUACAGCUUACCCAAAAUUUACAAGGACUCCUUGUUUCCAUUAGAAUUUAUUCUGCACAUUUAAUUUGUCAUUAAUUUUGCUUGAAUCCAUGGUGCUACAUAUAAAUCUUCUUUACUCACCAUUUGUUGAGAGUGAUGCUGCAAUGCCGGUCAACAGUCCUGCAGGGACAGAAUAAGGUCAGUUAGUUGAUGUAUAUUAAAGAAAACAUUUUGUUAGAACAUUGUGUCAGGUCUCAGACCUGCACAGUGCUUUAUACAUUUGUUAUUCUAAUAAUAAAAAUGUUCUGUUUUCAAUCUGGAUCAAUCUGAAUCCACAUGGUUAAAGACGAUCACGUUGAUUGGCUGAUAGCAGCUGGGACAAUAAGGGUUCGGUACGAGGAGGAUAUUUUGCAGGAUCCCUCAGAGUUUGUGAACUCGUCAUCUAAAUGUGGUUGUUACUAAACAGUAUCUUCAAGAGUUAUGGUAGUUUUAGGCAGUUUAGGCCGAGCACACCACAGAUCUGACAAUUACAGGAAAAGUAUGAAAUGUCAAAGUAUGUUAUGCGUCUGAGUGUGCCGUGAGCAUGAGAUCCCGACUAAUGAAGAUUGGAUGGAAUUUGUUGGACAAUGACAUUUUAAAAAAUCAAAAGAAAUCUAAAUGGUAGAACAUCAAAACAAAACAAAACUAAGCCAAGGAAUCCAGGAAUAAAUGAUUUCUACUUUUACACCUCACAAUUUAGGAAUUAUGAGCCAAAACAUAAACUGUUUUAUAAAUGGCAACAUGCUGGACUUGGCUUUCCUCAUAGCCUAACAUUCCUCCAAAUCUUGAUGAAACCUGUUACCACUGUUUUGUGGACACCUGACCUAACCAACAGACAAACUGGUCUGUAAACAUAACUUCUUGGUGGUGAUAAUUGCCGAUUCUUACAACCUGGAGUUUUGUGAUCUGUGCUGCAGUAACUGAAGAAAACAGAAAUCAUCUGUCACUAGCCCACACACUUACAAAGCACUUUCAUUAGUAUUUCUUUCCCGACUGGUUCAUUUGUGUGUUGGUGUUUGUGUCUGAGGUCGGACUGGAUCACAUGGGUGCUGUGAUAUCACUGAGUCAGCUUAAUUGCAGUGUACAGUAGAUGUGUAGUGACUUUUCUGGUCUCUCCAGGACCAGGCUUCUGUAAACAGACUAAAUAUAAGUACUGUAAUGUUUGAUUUCUUAUGUAAUGAAUAAUAAAAUCUGUAAUGCUG